AUGGCCGCAUCGGGUACGGCUGCAGCUUUCAGACCGUCUGUUUCAAUUCCGCCUAUUUCAGAGCAGAGCCAUCUGAAAUCGCCCUUCAAGCUCCCCAAAUUUACAUCUCUGCCAUCGUCUCGCUCCAGGUCGUCGUCUUUCUCCGUCUCCUGCACCAUAGCCAAGGAACCUGUCGUUGAAAUGGCGGAGAAGAGCAAGCCCUUACCCGACCCGAAGUCGUUGCAACGACCCGAUUCGUUCGGUCGAUUUGGGAAAUUCGGUGGGAAGUACGUCCCCGAAACUCUCAUGCACGCUCUCUCCGAGCUCGAAUCAGCGUUCUACUCGCUCGCCAAGGACGAAGAUUUCCAGAGAGAAUUGGCGGGAAUCUUGAAGGAUUACGUUGGUCGGGAAAGCCCUCUGUACUAUGCAGAGAGGCUUACAGAGCAUUACAGGCGUGAAAAUGGAGAAGGGGCUGAAAUCUACCUGAAGAGGGAGGACCUGAACCACACAGGCGCUCAUAAGAUCAACAAUGCCGUGGCUCAGGCCCUCCUGGCCAAGCGAUUGGGCAAGAAGAGGAUUAUAGCCGAGACUGGAGCCGGUCAACACGGUGUGGCCACGGCCACCGUCUGUGCCCGGUUCGGUUUGGAGUGCAUCAUUUACAUGGGUGCUCAGGAUAUGGAGAGACAAGCCCUUAAUGUUUUCAGGAUGCGGUUGCUCGGUGCUGAGGUCAGGGGUGUACAUUCAGGAACUGCAACGUUGAAGGACGCUACCUCAGAGGCAAUAAGGGAUUGGGUGACGAAUGUGGAGACGACCCAUUACAUAUUAGGAUCAGUUGCGGGACCUCAUCCUUACCCAAUGAUGGUCAGAGACUUUCACGCUGUGAUUGGGAAAGAAACAAGGAGACAGGCACUGGAGAAAUGGGGCGGGAAGCCGGAUGUCUUAGUUGCGUGUGUGGGUGGGGGUUCUAACGCAAUGGGACUCUUCCAUGAAUUUGUCGAUGACACAGAUAUCCGAAUGAUCGGUGUGGAAGCCGCUGGUUUCGGGCUGGACAGCGGAAAACAUGCGGCCACCUUGACAAAGGGAGAAGUCGGAGUUCUUCAUGGAGCUAUGAGCUACUUGCUUCAGGACGAUGAUGGCCAAAUCCUCGAACCCCACUCCAUCAGUGCAGGCUUAGAUUACCCUGGAGUCGGACCCGAGCACAGUUUUCUGAAAGAUAUCGGACGGGCUGAAUACUACAGCGUCACGGAUGAUGAAGCAUUGGAGGCGUUCAAGAGAGUGUCGAGAUUAGAGGGCAUAAUCCCGGCUCUCGAGACGUCUCACGCACUGGCGUACCUGGAGAAGCUCUGUCCGAACCUUCCGAACGGGACCAAAGUGGUCGUUAACUUCAGCGGAAGAGGCGAUAAGGAUGUUCAAACUGCCAUCAAGUUCCUCCAAGUUUGAUCCUUUUAUUAUUAUUAUUAUUAUUAUUAUUAUUAUUAUUAUUGUUAUUGUUCUGUUUUCAGACAAGUAGACUUUUGUUGUUUUCAUCACAGUUUGUGUCCUUUGCGGAUCCCGUAAACGAAGGAUCAAAAAUAAACUUGGAAAUCUUAAGUUAUGAUCUUAUAAAUAUAGAAUAAGGGUUUCAGGUUGC